UCCGCAAAGAUGGCGGCGGCUGCGGGGAGAGGCGCUCGGCUGGCAGCCUGGGGCGGAAGAUUGCGGCGCGGGUUAACUGCCAGCCGACGGGCCGUCCCAAGCCCUGGCCCCUUGGCAGCAGCAGUGGCCGGCGUGACCCUGGCAGGGGCAGGAGCGGUCUGGCAUCACGGUCGCCUGAAUGUCGCGGCACGCGAGAGCAGCCUCACCGUCUUAGCACAGAAAAAUGUCGACUGUGGAGCAAUAGAAAAACUGUCUCUUCGUAAACAGCGAUUCAUGCAGUUUUCUUCACUAGAACAUGAAGGAGAAUAUUAUAUGACACCACGAGACUUCCUCUUUUCAGUAAUGUUUGAGCAAAUGGAACGUAAAACUUUAGUCAAGAAGCUGGCAAAAAAGGAUAUCGAGGAUGUACUGGCAGGAAUCCAAACAGCUAAUUGUGGAUCAACUUUUUUUAGAGACCUUGGUGAUAAAGGGCUAAUAUCAUACACUGAGUAUCUUUUCUUGCUUACAAUCCUCACUAAACCUCAUACUGGGUUUCAUGUUGCUUUUAAAAUGCUAGACGUUGAUGGCAAUGAGAUGAUUGAGAAAAAGGAGUUUUUUAAGCUUCAGAAGAUAAUAAGUAAACAAGAUGACUUAAAGACAAUGAAAACUAAUGAAAUAGAAUGUCAGGAGCCAAUAGUGAAAGAACCUGAAAUUAACACAACCCUUCAGAUGCACUUCUUUGGAAAAAGAGGAGAAAGAAAACUUCACUAUAAAGAAUUUCGAAGAUUUACAGAAAAUUUACAAACAGAGAUUCAAGAAAUGGAAUUCCUUCAGUUUUCUAAAGGUUUGAGUUUCAUGAGAAAAGAAGACUUUGCAGAGUGGCUACUUUUUUUCACUAACACUGAAAAUAAAGACAUUUAUUGGAAAAAUGUGAGAGAGAAGUUGUCAGCAGGAGAGAGCAUUAGUUUGGAUGAGUUCAAGUCAUUUUGCCAUUUUACAACCCACUUGGAAGACUUUGCUAUUGCCAUGCAGAUGUUUAGCUUAGCUCAUCGACCUGUCAGACUAGCGGAGUUUAAGAGAGCUGUAAAAGUAGCAACAGGACAAGAGCUCUCAAACAAUAUUUUGGACACAGUCUUCAAGAUCUUUGAUUUGGAUGGUGAUGAAUGCCUUAGCCAUGGAGAGUUUCUUGGAGUGUUAAAAAACAGGAUGCAUCGAGGUUUAUGGGUGCCACAACAACAGAGUAUACAAGAAUACUGGAAAUGUGUGAAAAAAGAAAGCAUUAAAGGAGUAAAAGAAGUCUGGAAACAAGCUGGAAAAGGCCUUUUUUAAAAU